AUGCAUGCUUAUGUAGCCACACAAAGUUGCAUCUGUACAGCAGCCAUGCAGCAUUGUUUGUCUGCACCACCUUUUGCAUGCCUACCUUGUACUUCUUGUUGCAGUACAAGUGUACACCAUUUGCAUAGCACCACUAUGUACCAAACCCCCUACACGUGCACCUGAGCCAUCCUACAUUGCACUAAAUUACUGCCAUGCUAUCUUGUGCUAGCUUUUGUCUAUGAUGCCCAAAGUUAAAGGAAGGCCCCCAUGA